AUGCAGCCUAUCGCCAGAGAAAAUGUUCUCAUUGAUGGAAAUCGAGUUGCCUAUGGAAUAUACGGUACUGGGGCUCCGGUUGUCCUUCUUCAUGGAACACCCUCAUCAUCACUCAUCUGGCGCAACGUCAUCCCGCAGCUCACAAACGCCGGUUUCAAGGCCUAUGUGUUCGACCUGCUAGGAUAUGGAGUGUCAGAGCGUCCAUGGGAUCCACGCAUCGACACGUCAAUGACAGGCCAAGUUUCAAUCCUCGAGGGCCUACUCAAGCAUUGGGAUCUCGAGACCUUCCAUUUAGUGGCCCACGAUAUUGGGGGCGGUAUUGCCCAGCGCUUUGGUGUCUUCAACUCUCAUCGACUACGGUCAUUGAUGCUUGUGGAUGUUGUUAGCUUCGAUAGCUAUCCUUCACAGCGAACGAGGGAGCAGAUGGCUACAGGACUUCAAACAUUGUGUGACGCCACAGAUGAAAAUCACCGUUCGCACUUCAAGGAAUGGCUGCUUUCAGCAGUCUAUGAUAAGAAGACUUUCGCGGAUACAAGCCUCACUACAUUCUUAGAGUACAUCUCAGGACCCAUAGGUCAGGGCAGCCUGUUCCAACACCAAGUGCGACAUUAUGACCCGAAGCAUACAAUGGAAAUUGUCAGUCGACUUCACGAGCUCGGCAGGGUGCCCGUCAAGCUGGUAUGGGGGGCAGAUGAUGCCUGGCAAGUGGUGGACUGGGCUCAUAAACUUAAAAAUGCGAUUCCAGGCUCUGAGCUAGAUAUAUUUGAAGAGUGCGGGCAUUUCUCACCAGAGGACCAACCUGAAAAGCUUGCGAAAACUGUCAUUGCAUUUAUUCAACGCCAUGAAAGUUCUUGA